AAGCCAGCAAGAGCAACUGAACAAUGCCCCCCAAAGCUGAGAAGAAGGAGGAAGCCGCCGUGUCCCUCGGACCUCAGAAGAACGACGGAGAGCAGGUCUUCGCCGUCGCUCACAUCUUCGCUUCCUUCAACGACACUUUCGUUCACGUUACUGAUUUGACCGGACGUGAAACUCUCGUCCGUGUCACUGGAGGCAUGAAGGUUAAGGCGGAUCGUGACGAGUCCUCCCCGUACGCUGCUAUGCUUGCCGCCCAGGAUGUUGCCACCCGAUGCAAAGAGCUCGGCAUCACUGCCUUGCACAUCAAGAUCCGCGCUACCGGUGGAGUCAAGACCAAGACUCCUGGACCAGGAGCCCAGGCUGCUCUCCGCUCCCUUGCCCGUUCCGGCAUGAAGAUCGGGCGCAUUGAGGACGUUACUCCCGUCCCCACCGAUUGCACCCGAAGGAAGGGUGGUCGCCGUGGUCGCCGUUUGUAAGAGAGGAGCGCUCCUCUCGGUCUCGGCUGCGGGAUCAGUACUUGUUCAGUCGCGCACGACGGCAGCUCAACAAGAAAUUCAUGUUGUUUUUCUCCUUCCCUGAUGCUCCCUGGCGUGCUAUCCGUCCUCUUUAUUCUCUAGUAAACGGAUUUGGCUGC